AGGUGGGCGUGGCCAGACGUCGAGCUUCCUUCCUGUCUGUGAUAGUACGUAAAUCGUACUUAACCUCGCCAGUCGCCAAGGUCCUCUCGACAAAUGAUGAAAAAUGAUGUAAGAACGGCAAACUUUCGGCUUCUAACAAGCACGGCGACGUGCUAGGAAGUGAAAGACGGAAGAGGCCGAGGACAACGCCGCCAUGGCGGCCACCUGCCGGAAAAUAGGCGGUGCGCAGAUACGAGGUCUCCUGGAGGCGAAGGAGUUCUUCCUGUUCGACUGCGACGGGGUCCUGUGGCACGGCGAGAAGGCGGUGGCCGGCGCGGCGCAGGUGGUCAACUCGCUCACGAGGCAGGGCAAAUACGUCGUGUUCGUCACCAACAACUCGACCAGGCCGCGCGAGAAAUACCUGCACAAGUUCUACCGGCUGGGCUUCACGGCCGUCGCGCUGGAGCACAUCUUCAGCUCGUCCUACUGUUCGGCCCUCUACCUGCGGGACGUGGCCAAGCUCCGCGGCCGGGUGUUCGUCGUCGGCUGCGACGGGCUCCGGGACGAGCUCCGGGAGGCUGGGAUCGCCUGCGAGGAGGAGGCGGACGAGCCGGACGCCACCAUUUACGACUGCGCCCUGGCCGCGGACGUCAAGGCGGUUCUGGUGGGCCACGACGACAAACUGACUUUCCUCAAGCUGGCCAAGGCGUCGUGCUACCUGAAGGACCCAGACUGCUUGUUCCUGGCCACCGACAACGACCCCUGGCACCCGCUGUCGAGCGGAAGGAUACUGCCAGGUUCCGGUUCCCUCAUGGCAGCCCUGGAGGUUGCCUCGGGUCGCAAGGCUACGGUGAUCGGCAAGCCGAGCCGCUUCAUGUUCGAGUGCAUCUCCAGCCAGUUCCCAGGCAUGGACCCUGCACAGUGCCUAAUGGUGGGCGACCGCCUGGAGACUGACAUGUUGUUCGGCUCCAAUUGCGGCCUGGACACCAUGCUCACCCUCACCGGGGUGUCUCAGAUGGAGGAUGCCCACCUGUACGGGAAUAGCGAGGUGUCGUCCGAUCAGAACCUUGUGCCAGACUACGUGGUGGACACCAUCGCUGACUUCUUGCCUGCGUUUGAGGAACUGGAAGAGCAGAGCAAUUGAGCAAUGCAGCAUUUCUAUUUGCGGGGUAUCGGGACAGCCAUGCCACAAAUAGCGGGAAAAAAUGCAAGAAACUGACAUCCAACCACACAAUUUUUUAUAAUUGGUUGUAGUCAUAGUUUAAAAAAAAAUAUACCACAAACUACAAUUCCCCCAAAGUUCAUCAAUUUAAACUGAUCUUACAACAUUACUCUAAAAUAUAAAUGGCCUACAGUUUAUUUGCUUUUGAAAAAAAUUCAACCUAAGUGCAUGUGUACAUGCUCAGGCACUACAGACUCCACAACAGCCCAGGUUAAAACUAGCUCCUCCCAGACAUACAAAGUUUCUCUGUCAAGAUUUUUCAGUUUAACAUACUUCCUUGGACCAAUUACUGUAAAAUACUAGCCCCCUACAUGGAGAAGAGAGUUUUUGCAAUAUCCUGUGGCAUCUAGGGGUGUCUCAGAACGGGCACAAAAAUCUAGUUUUUUUUUUUUUUUUUUUUCAAGCAAAUGAGGGCUAGGUUGAAAAAAAUGGGUGAAUCCUCCAAUAGUGAACUGCGAAUGUGGGGGGAAUUACUGUAAUUUCAAGCAUACCUCAGUGUUGUGGCCAUUUGUGAUUGUUUUGUCAUUUUUAUUGCACUUGUUCAUGAGCUUAGCUCUGAAUGGGAAUUCUUUUUUUUGUUGCUUUUUGCAAAACCAUCAAAUGAACUUUUAAUUUUAGACUGACAGGACUAACCUCACAACUGCAAAUGGUCUACAAUCUGAGCUUUUCUCCAUUAUACAAUCUGUCAGUCACAUGUGCCAAUGUUCGAAAUACUGUCUCCUCGUUUAGUUGCCAGUAUUUGAGGAAUUCUUUCUAGCACACCCUGUUUAUAAGCCUGUUACUUGGAUGUGAAUGAUCAUGUCACACUAUAUUGAAUAUUCAGUGUUAGCAUAGAGAGCAUGUUGGCAACAAUAAAUAACUGCAUUUAUGCUAAA